AUGAAGCCCAGUAGCCGCCUCGUUCCCGUGUCUACACUGCUUUUGCUGUCGGCAUGGACAGGCGCAGUCCUAGCCGACGAUACCAUCUCAGCGACAAAGAUCAAGGUGCAGCUCUUCGCCGCCCCCUCGUUUCUGAGCGAAGUUAGUGUCGACGCCGGCGACGAAAACAUGGACCAGUUUCUUGCUAUUGCCGAUGGCGCGAAUAACCUCGGGAGUGUUGGUUGGGGGACAAAGAUACAUGGGUUGAAGUGCAGUAAUAAGGAGCACGAGGACGACUGA